AUGGCACAUCUUAUUCCGACAUUUACAUUUUGCCCACACUUCAUAUUUCGAGUUGUAAACUUGUUAUAUGUAAGGGAUACAUAUAAAAAGAAACCUCGAAUAGUGGAGGGGCCAAAGGACAUGGUGGUGAAGGAGCAUGAGAACGUCGUUUUCAACUGCAGAGCCACUGGCGACCCGGAACCAACAAUCAUCUGGAAGAAACUUAAUUCGAACAUUCCGCAAGGAAGGUCUUUCAUACAAGACAACAAGAGUUUGAAAAUUGAAAAAGUGGAUUCAUCAGACGAGGGUAUCUACAUAUGCAGGGCCGAAAAUGCAUUCGGCUUUCAGGAGUCCGGUGUCCAACUCAAUGUCCAUUGUGAGUUGUUCUUUGUUUCUUCUGAUGUUGCGCUCUUCUAG